AUGGGUCGUUCCCCAUGUUGUGAUGAGGAGAAGGGUUUGAAGAAAGGGCCAUGGACGCCAGAGGAAGACCAGAAGCUUACUGAUUAUAUUAGCAGAAAUGGGCAUGGAAGUUGGAAAGCUCUCCCCAAACAUGCCGGCUUGAAUAGGUGCGGAAAGAGUUGCAGAUUAAGGUGGACGAAUUACCUCAAGCCUGAUAUUAAGAGAGGCAAAUUCUCUGAAGACGAAGAGAGAAAGAUCAUCAACCUUCACUCUGUUCUUGGAAACAAGUGGUCUAGGAUUGCAACACAACUUCCUGGGAGGACAGACAAUGAAAUCAAGAACUACUGGAAUACUCAUUUAAGGAAGAAACUCCUUCAAAUGGGGAUUGAUCCAACCACACACAAGCCAAGAACAGAUCCCAACCACCUUAUGAAUCUCUCUAUGUUGCUUGGUGCAUCUGCAAACGUUGGAAAUUUGAUGAGUCCUUGGGGAAAUGGUCUUGGUUUGCAGGCAGAUCCAUCUCAUCUGGCGAGAAUCCAACUCCUGCAAAAUCUCUUGCAGGUUGUGAACACAAGCACAGCAAUUCUCAAUAACCCAUUUGAAGGAUUUAUCAAUGGUUGGGGAUAUAUGAACCCUGGAAUUUUGAUCCCUCAAGCACCCACCAACUCACAGGAGAUUGACAAUUCAUUGGCAAAUAUUGCACAAGUUGAUAAUAUUGGUGUCAAAAACAGCAGCUUGAGUGAGAAUCCAUUGAUGCCUGCAUUGGUUUCUGAACCUCCUUUGACUGAUCAUCAACCAAAUCAAUUCUCAACCUCCAUCUUUGAGGAUUGGGAGAAACUCAUGGAUGAUGAAACAAGUGACUCCUACUGGAAAGAUAUGUUGGACUUUACAUCCUCAUCAUCACCAUCGCCAAUGGCAUGGUAGAGCACCUGGCCUAUGUUUCAACUGAAGUAUCAUAAACAUGAGUUCCACGC